AUGGACGUCAAGGACCCCUUCAGGGAUUUGGCAUUUGAUGGUAGGCCUGCAGGGUAUCGAGAGUUUCGUAGAAAGGUUAUCUUGUCAGUAGCAAGUCUGGAAGAUAAACAACAGCAUCUGGCGGGUCCUCGCCUUUUGAAUAGGCUGAGUGGCGAAGCUUGGCGGGCAACAGAGCAUUUGUCCGUUGCAAGCAUUCGUAGCAAUGAAGGCUGGCUGGAAGUGCUGAAGACUCUGGACAAGCACUACAAGUAUCUCCCUGAAACAGAGCUUCAUGAGGCGAUUGAUGAGUUUUUGUUUUUACUGCGUCGACGUGGAGGUGAAGGAGCCACAGCCUUUGCAAGCAGGUUCAAAACACAGCUCAACCGCCUUUUUGGCCUCAGCAAAGAACAAAGAGCUCAGGUGAUUCGUGCAACAGGUGGUUCAUCCCGCUUUGCUGACAUUGAACGUAUUUUGAGAGCCUCCGACUUUGAGGAGAGCAAAUCUGAUGAUCGACGUGGCAGCCGGCCACCUCAAAAGGUUCAACGUCGUGAAGCCUAUGCAAUCCAUGUUGAUAACGAUGAUGAUGAUUCUUCACUGGAUAUGCCUUUUUCUUCAGAUAGUGGGGAUGAAGUAUAUGCUGGGGAACAUGAGACUGAAGUUCAAGGACAGGGCGAUUCCACCGAUGAAGAUAUCCAAGAAGUACUUGAGAUUCAAAAGAAAGCCAAGAGAGACUUCAAACGGAAUUUCAAGACUUACAAGGACUCCAAGAAGAAAGUUCGAGAGAUCAAGAAAUCACGUCAGCCAUACUUUCCAGUAGUUGCCAUUCCUCCUGAGGGUCAAGGUGGAGCUUCGUCAUCACAGACCGUUGCCCCUCCUCAGGGUUCCAAGAAGUUUGAGAAGAAGGUCAUGACCAAGACCACCAAGCAGUAUCCCAAAACUCCUUAUCCACGUAAGGAGGAAGCCCAUUUAGCUGUUGGCAGUGAGGUCAAUGAAUUCAACUACAUGGUAAAUGUGCAACUGCCACCAAUGAAUGACUCUGAACUGGAUGUUUUACUGGCAUCUAUUCCAGCGGGUUUUGCAAUUUUGGACACAGAUGAUUUCGAGAUCCAACCAUGUGAAACCGAUGAGCCCAAUGAUGAAGAUGCCACAGACACCUCCGAAACCAUGGUGUCCCAUGCGCAUCACUCCGAUGAGACAGCUGCAGUUCCUGAACCACAUGCUUUGCCAGUGAUGGAGGACCGAAGUGAUCCCAAGCCAUCCACGCAAUGCCAGCCUGUCAAUAAUCACCGUAAGAUAACUGAGGGUGAUAGGAAACGAGUGCAGAGACGACCUGUGAGUCCCAUGCCUGCAGCACUGUUUUGCUUUCGUGCGCCCGAGCCCGCAGUAUGUGCCGACGAUUCAAGUCCGGAUCAACAGCCAAUUUGCAUGUGUUGUUGUGAAUGCGAUGCCGGUGACACCCAGUCACCAGAUGGUGAGAUUCUCUUAGAAACCCUCUAUGAAGAAUCUGACUGGGUAGAUGUUGGACAUAGCCUGCCUUCUCAUUCCCGAGAUGCCAUCCGAAAAGCCAUCCAACAGUUGAGAAAAACCAGCAUCCGAGUAGCCAUUUCACAAUUGGCCGAUGAUCCUGACAGCGUGCGUGCCGAGCUUGCCGAUUGGCUAGGUGAUCAGUCUGCAGUACUUGAUACCAAAGUUGGCCUUGUUGAAGUGUUCACAGGACAUGCCCCCUUGUCCCAAUUGUAUGAGCAAACCACCGGAAAGUCCAGCAUCCGUUUGGGCCUCUCCUAUGGACAGGACUUCACACGUGUCCGAGACCGUAGACUGUUGUUGUUGCUCAUAGCUUUUACACAGCCUGAACAUGUAUGGUUUAGCUGGCCAUGUAAAUAUUGGGGUCCCUGGUGUAACAUCAACAUGAGUAAGGAUGAAUCCCUGAAGAGCCAUAUUUUGGAACAACGUCAAAUUGCCCGGCGAUACUUGCAUAUGGUUUCAGAAGCCUGGCAACUGCAGACAGCACUUGGUGGCCAUUGCCAUGCAGAAAAUCCUUUGAGUUCCCUUGCAUGGAGCGAGCUCAGCCUUGGUACAGUUUGGGUGUGCCGAGUGGAUCAGUGUGCCUUGGGUCUCCGAAGUCCCAAAACCAAAAACAUGAUUCUCAAGCCCACAAAACUUGUAACCACUCAGCAAGAACUUGUUGAAAUUGCCUCCAGGUACCGUUGCGAUGGACACCACAAACAUGAUCACUUGGAGGGCACCUAUAAGGGUAAAAACCUUACAAGUUGGGCCGAAACAUAUCCCCGAAAGUUUUGUAAGAUAAUGGUGGGGGCUAUGAUGAAGUUUCAUAAACAUGAACAUGACAGACCUCGCACGAGCGAAGAGAUCCUAGCCAUGCAUGAUCCAAACGAAGAAGAACUUCGCCAUGAAGUUGUUGGACACGAUGGAGAUGAAGAUGAGCCAAACAUGGAUGAUGAACCCUCCAACAGAGAUGAACAAAAAGCUGUUGCCUUGGUUCGUAGGUUACAUGUUAAUACAGGUCAUGCGUCACCUGAGCAACUCAUGAGACUUGCAAACCGGUGCAAUGCAUCCGAGACCAUCAAAAAGGCCAUCCGUUCCUUCAAGUGUCCAGUGUGCGAGGAAUUAAAGCCUCCAAGCAUCCACCGCAAAGCGACAAUUGCCCAUGCAGAGAGUCCAAACCAAGUUGUUGGCGUAGAUUUUGUCCAGGUUGAGUUGAAGAAAGAAGGAGAAGAUGGAAAAAUCUAUGAAGUCAAAAGAAAUGUUUUGACUUGUGUCUGCCUGGCAACUGACUUUGCACAGCAGAUUGUGGUCCCUCCAGGCCCCCGUGGCAUGUCCAAAGCGUUCCACGAAGUGUGGGUGCGACCAUAUGGUGUUCCCAAAGUUGUCUACAUGGAUCCAGAUCACCGUAACAUUGGUCAAGAUUUUCAACAAUACCUUGCUCAUUACAACAUUCAGCUCCUACACGCCGCAGCCGAGUCACAUUGGCAGUUGGAUCCUCCUGAACAAUCAGUGGUACAGCCAUCAGUUUUGAAUGAUCCUGCACUAGAAGAACCUGAAGAUUACAUCGAGCCUUCACUAGCUGACGAUCAAGAAUUCGAUGAUGAUGCAGUUCCAAGCCCAGAGGGCGUUCCUAGCGUUGCAGAUCCCGUAGAUGAGGCAACUGAUGCUGUCGACGAUGCACCUGCCUCUGUGCCUGCAGAUGCUCCAGAAAAUGAGGUAACUCCCCCUGUUGCAAAACAACGAAGGGUUGAAGUGUCCUUUAGAAAGUUGAAUCCUGAUGAUAAAAAGCUCUUCACAAAAGCCAUGCAAAAGCCAGAAGCCAUGGGAGUCAGCGAAGAACCGCUGAAUGAGCGUGAGGUGAAGAUGGCAACCAGCCUUCUUGCCCGUGCUGUCAAAUUUGGACAGCAGCGCCUGAUCCUUGAUGGUUUCAUUCACCAGCCAGGUGGACUGAAGCCUCUCGCUGUGAUUGCAGAUGCCGUCAUGUCAGAGAUGGAGCUCAGUGGCAAGCGUGACCGCGAAGAAGCUCGCGAUGAAGCCGAGCGCAUCAGUGCUGGCUAUGAGGAGUCAGAGUGGGAUCAGUUGAGUUAUGCAGGCGCAUCACCGAAAGGCUACAUGGGGACAGUCCGUGGUAGCUAUGCAGCUGGUGGCUCGACCAUUCCACCACCCAUGCCUGAUGCUGAGUCGCAUCCCUUUGAGAACUUGAAGGUUCCACUGCCUCCAGGUGUUUCGACCAUCCAUGAAUGGGGCCGCACCGUUUGUCAGUUGGAGAAAUAUAAAGAGAAGAAGUUGACAUAUGCCCAGAUGGUAUCUCAGUCAGACUUUGACCCGGAGAUUUACAACUAUCUGUGCUGGAUCAAGAAUCGCUAUGGGAUUGAAGACUCUGGCUGCUUUCCUCCGAAGAUUAGCCCUGGCAUUGACCUUGCCGCGUAUCUGGAACGUUCCAAGUUUCAGCAGAAAGGAAAAGAGACGUUCAAGCGAGUGUUACGUUGA